ACUGUUAGUGAUUUUAUAAGAAGAUGUGAAAAAAUUUCAAUAUUAAAUGAUAUUAAAUCUGAAGAAAAAACAAAUAAUAAUGAUUUUAAAAUAUUAUUUCCAACACAUCAUAAAUGUAGCAGAACAAAAUUGAAUAAGUUUACCACAUCAACAACAACACAUAAAUUAACAACGCCAAUAAUUGAACGUUUAAUAUCCGAUGCGUAUAAAGCUGCUACGAAAUUAAUAGAUAAUUUAGAAAUGGUUAACUUGUUGAAAGAAAGAAAAACAUAUGAAUUAAAAGAUAUAAGUAUAUAUGUAAAAAAACAUUUGUCAAAAUCAGCUAAACUAACAACUGAUUAUACAACAGCUGCAUCUUCCCAACUACAGACACAAUUUGAUGAUGAUGAUGAUGAAAUUGAAUCGGAGAAUGAAACAGAUGAUGAAGAUAAUGUUGAUGAUAAUCCAUUAGCUAUUAAUGAAGAUGAAGAAAUACAAACAGGAGACGAGGACGGCGAUGAUGAUAAUAAUGUUCAACAACAACAAUUAACAGCAGCAACGGUAAAUACUUUAUCAACAACAAAGAAAAUGGAUUUUAAAGGAAUGAGAAUAAAAGAUAAAAUUGAUCCAGAACAAGAAAAAUGUUAUUUUCGUGUAAAUAUUGGUGGUCAAGAUAAAUAUAUGCACAAACAAACC